ACCGUGGACAGCUCCCGUCUGAAGAGCAGAGUAACGCAGGAGGAGGAGAGGGCUGGAUAUGGGGGAGCCACCGCACAGGCCCGUACGAUCGAGAUAGAAAAAAAAACAACACUUUUUAAUGUGCACAUUCCGGGGAAAACACAAAAAGACACCAAACUGGAGAGGCCUUAGGAGGAAGGGGAAAAAUCCGAGGGAGUGAAGAAAAAAGGGGGAAUACGGCUACUGACCCAUCCCGGCGCAUCAGGGGAGAAGCAGCGAGAAAAGGGGAGAAGAAGGAGAGAUAAUUCCGCUCGACCUGAUGGACUGAGAGGACAGAUGAAUGAAGACUGCCUACACUAACGCCUAUAGAUGCCUGGCCAAGGACCUGGACGCUUACGCCAUGAACACGGACAUGACAAUGGACGGCAUUGGCAGCCUGCAUGGCGGGGUGUCGGUGAGCUCCGUGGUCCCUGAUGCGGAGCUGAUCAGCGGCCACAGCCCGCACCACGGCCGCGGGAGCUCAUCGGGGGGACACGGGGCGGCGGCGGCAGCGGCGGCCACCCUGCGGAUACACCAGGACCUGGCCGCCGCCGCCGCGUCAUCCCGCUCGGCCAUGGUGACCGGCAUGGCCACAAUACUGGACGGCAGCGGGGAGUACCGGCCGGAGCUGUCCCUUCCGCUGCACCACGCCAUGAGCGUGCCCUGCGACACGUCCUCUCCCGGGAUGGGGAUGAGCGGCACAUACACCACCUUAACCCCGCUGCAGCCGCUGCCCCCCAUCUCCACCGUGUCGGACAAGUUUCACCAUCAUCACCAUCACCACCAGCGACUCUCCGGGAACGUGAGCGGGAGCUUCACCCUGAUGCGGGACGAGCGGGGGCUACCGGGCAUGAACAACCUGUACAGCCCCUACCACAAGGACCACAUGUCCGGGAUGGGUCAGAGUCUGUCCCCGGUGCUGGGCAACGGCCUGGGCUCCAUACACAACACCCAGCAAGGUCUCCACAAUUACGGCACCACGACGCACGGAGGCCACGACAAGAUGCUGAACUUCGACGCACAUCACACCGCCUCCAUGCUGGCCAGAGGGGACCACCACCAGCACCGAGGCCUCGGUGGCCCGGCGGCCGGGAUGAUGCCGCACCUGAACGGGAUGCAUCACCCGGGACACCCGGCCGUGUCCUCGGCAGGCCACCACCCCCACUCCAACCCCCACCUCCAGUCUCCAUCCCACGGGCCCGUGUUGGCUUCCACCAGGGAAAGACCGCCUUCCUCCUCGGGGGCACAGGGGGUGAACAGCUCGGGGCAGCUGGAGGAAAUCAACACCAAGGAGGUUGCGCAGAGGAUCACGGCGGAGCUGAAGAGGUACAGCAUCCCCCAGGCCAUCUUCGCCCAGAGGGUACUGUGUCGCUCCCAGGGGACCCUGUCGGACCUCCUGAGGAACCCCAAACCCUGGAGUAAACUAAAGUCAGGCCGGGAGACCUUCAGGAGGAUGUGGAAGUGGUUGCAGGAGCCCGAGUUCCAGAGGAUGUCGGCCCUCAGACUGGCAGGUAUUAUGUGAUCGUCGGGGGAAUUGAACACAGGAGCAGAGGCAGCAGCGGCCCGAUGAAUUAUUGAUGGGAAUCUCGGCGUGACCCGCCUCGGUCUGCUCACUUCACUUCUUCUUCACCUCGCAGUCGGGUUAACCAGGCAAAAUGGACGGGGAGAGAAAGAGAGAGAGAGAGAGAGAAAGAGGGAGAGAGAGGAGGAGGGGGAGGAAGAGGAGGAGGAGGAGCCCAUUGUUUGGUUGGGGGCCAGCCUGUGACUCUAAGUGAAUUAUGGAUGAAAAGACAACGAUGCUCAAAUCAGAGCUCGUAUAAGAGAUGGAGAACAAAUAGGAGCUGUAGUCAGCACAAACAAAUAAAGCCUUGCAAAAAAAAAAAAAAAAAAAACAGUUGAAGGGCGAAAUUAGCUGCACAUGGUUGGUUCAGUAUAACACAUAUUUCCACAUCAUUUAUUUCAGCAAUAAAAAAGAACAGAGCCACAUGAUGUACUCAGUGUCUCUUUUUAACGCAAAUUCUGUUCUCAUUGAAACAUUAAUUCAGAUUGCUUCUUUGGUUGCUGUUAAAUUGCUGAAACACAACACUUCCUACAGAUGCUUCACAACAAAAACCUACCAGAGAGGGAUUAUGCACUUGUAGCUGCUGUAACACUUGUCAUGCUAAUGAAGGGACAUGGCUCAGUGAUGUAUUUUUAAUAGUUUUUGUGUAAUGAAUGACUGAACCUAAAUAUUUUCCAUUUUACUCAUCCUGCUGCAUGCAGACAC